AUGCCUUGGACUCCGGAGAGGCCCCCGAACGCGGAUCUGAAGCACUUCCCACAGUCGAAGGACCAUUGGCGAACGCCUGCUACUACGGCGUCGACCCCCAGUGGAGUAGCUCUGGUGUCAAGUGCGAGCAUGGCCCAAGAGUCCCACAUGGAGGUUGCGGAUCCCAACUUGCCUCGUCUCUCGCCGCUGGGCGUGGUACGGCCUCCGUUCCCAUCCUUGCCGAGGGAGACCUUCCGCCGCCUGCCGACUGGGGAGUCCUCUUACAGCCCACUUGGGUAUGACACUCAGGACGAGUCCCAAGACUAUAGUCCGGGAGACCAUGAUCCCCAGUGGAUGAUACCCUUGGGUGCUGCCGGCGGCCUCAGUGGUCAGCCCUCGUGCCCCGCCGCUGUAGUAGAGAGUGGGUAA